AUGCUUCCACCCCACCCCCAACAUCCUGUGUUCCACCCUCUACCACCCUCUACCUCCACAGCCUGUGUUCCACCCUCUACCUCCACAUCCUGUAUUCUACCCUCUAUCUCCACAGCCUGUGUUCCACCCACACAUCCUAUGUUCCACCCACACAUCCUGUGUUCCACCCUCUACCCCCACAGCCUGAUUUCCCAACCCCCACAGCCUGUGACCCCACCCCAGCAUCCUGUGUUCCCAAACCCCAACAGCCUGAGUUCCCAACCCCCUCAGCCUGUGUUCCACCCUCUACCUCCACAGCCUGUGUUCCACCCUCUGCCUCCACAGCCUGUGUUUCCAACCCUGUAUCCUGAGUCUCAACUCCAAACUCCUGUACCCCCACCCUCUACCUCCACACCCCAUGUCCCAACCUCCAAACUCCUCUGCUUCAACAUCCAGUGUCCCCAACCCCCAAAUCCUGUGUUCCACCCUCUACCUCCACAUCCUGUGUACCCUCCUGUGUUCCACCCUCUACCUCCACAUCCUGUGUACCCACCCCCAAAUCCUGUGUUCCACCCUCUACCUCCCCAUUCUGUGUCCCCACCCCCAAAUCCUGUGUUCCACCCUCUACCUCCAUAUCCCAUGUCCCCACCCCCAAAUCCUGUGCCCCCACCCUCUACCUCCACAUCCUGUGUCCCCAUCCCCAAAUCCUGUGCCCCCACCCUCUACCUCUACAUCCUGUGUCCCCACCCUCUGCAUCCUGUGCCCCAUUUUCUACAUCCAUAUCCUGUGCCCCACCCACUACCUCCACAUCCUCUGUUCCCACAUCCAGAAUCCUAUGCCCCUACCAUCUACCCCCAUCCUGUGCCCCACCCCACCCCACAUCCUGUGCCCCCACCCUUUACCUCCACUCCUUUACCUCUUUAUCAGAACAUCUGA